UAGAGUCAGUCAGUUGAAACCUGUCAAAUUAGCGAAGAAAAUUUUGUUCACUAGUAUCGCCGGCAUGGAAGGUUCCAAACAAUUUCUGAAUAUUUUCUUGGUCAUUAAAAUCUUAUACAUUGUGCCGAUUGGUAUUAUAUGUUUGCUGAUACUGGCGAUUCAGGUGGCGAACUAUCGGCUUGAUGACUUUGUACUUGUCACCUACUUGCGCUACAUAGAGCAGCAGCAGCGAGCGCGUUCGUACACUCCGGAAUCUUGGGAAAAAGGAAUCAAUUUAAUGGUGGGUGUCCACAUCUCCAUCCUAUAUGUGCUAUUUCGGGUGAGAGAGCGUAUGAGGCUGCAGACUAUAGAGGAUACCCGCCGUCAGCGGGAGAUCGAGGAUCUCUUUCGAAUGGAGACAGAGUUCAUGGAGCAGCUGCGAUCCCAAGGCAUCGAACUGGAGGAUCACACUUUGGAUUCGAACUGCGCAUAACCGUCUUGGCGGCGCAUUCAGGAGCCAAUCAAAUUUCUCGUUAAUGCCGCCGCCUGGGACAAUGUUAAUGCUGUAUUCAUCGCAUGAGUGUAUAUAUAGAUCCCUCGCUUGAUUGCCCAGAAUUGAAUUCAACAUUGGUCCGCCGUGCGCUACACCUACACUGCCCAAUUACCCGACCGAUCCAAUAUAAUUCUCCUCGCCCGAGUUGAACGUGCCCGGCUGGCAUUACUACACACACCACUUAUACUAUAUGUAUGCUCGCACUGUGAGAUAGUUCAUUGUUUGGUUCUGCGCAUGAGUAUAUUUUUAUCGCGCACUGUGCCCCUUUCUUGCCACCACUUGUGUGCACUUUUUACUGUUUGAAAUAAAUUGUAAAUGAUUUUUAUUAAAAUUUCCGCUUAAAUUUUCAGCGGUAAUACUGCGUUCUA